CUCCAUCUGGUACAGCGGGCUGAGACUCCUCGGGGAUCCGUCUCGGGUCGUUCGCGUGUCGCCUGGCGUGCCGGGUUUUUCGCUGUCGUGUUUUUCUUUUCUUCUCGCAGUCGCGCCCUAAAGCGGACCACGUAAUCCGCUCGAUACUCGUGAGAACGGGAGCGUGCGAGACGGAAUAAACAGUAUACGUAUAGAAGGUACUCGCUUACGUUCGAGAUCGUUAACUUGACGCGUAUUCGUGCAAGAUCGCCAAGAUUUUAGAGUGCGCGGAAGUAACUUUUUCAUCAAACGCUCCAAUCAAACACGCACUUGCCAGUUUUGAUAUCGCGCUUUGAUUGAUACCACGUGGAUUGAAAUUGAUGACAGCUGCCUCUGAUUGCUUCUGGGGCUCGAAGUAGUGGACGUGCCACGCGGAAGGAAGUGCGAAGCGGUCUCAUGUGUUGCACGGUGCGCUGAACCAGAGACGAAAGAAGGCGGAAAAAAGGCAGUGAGGGAACCUACGGCGGAAUUUCUUUAGCCAACUUUGCGAAACGGUCAAGAUGGGAACGUGUUGGUUUGCAGUCUGGAUGCUCCUCGUUUGUUUCAUCGGUGAUGCUCGGCCGCAAUACAGAGAGAAAAAUAUCAGCACGGCGGAGACAGACGCGGUACAGGCGCUCUUGGCACGUUACCUUCAGCGUCGCCUUCAGGGCUCUCAGCUGUCGACGCCGCCACCGCCCUCGGUCCUCUUCAGUAACGAUCAUCGGGCCCGCGUGCGACAAGCCACCCAGAGGGGUCCGCCCAGCAACAGCCUUUCGCGAAAUGUCAGCGACAAGGACGGGGGCCCCGUCCCUGAGGAUUAUGACGAUUACGAGGACGACCUCGAGGGCUACGAGGACAGCGAGAGAAGCAGAACCAGAUUCGACCUCCUGGCGGACGACUGUCCAAACUGCGUGGACGAACACAGCAACAACUUGGCGGCCUCAAGAUGGACGAUGCCUCUGCUGAAACUGGGCGAGAAGAGAUACUACCUGGGGAUCUUCUUCAAGGCUAACUGGUACAGAGCCUCUCAGUACUGUCGUUAUCACGGGAUGCAUCUGGCAAGUAUAGCCUCGCAAGAGGAGAACGACAGACUCGAGAAGCAUAUCAAGGACUUUGGCCUCGGUCACGAGCACUUUUGGACUUCCGGCACCGACCAGGCCGAGGAGGGAACUUUCUUCUGGAUGGCGAACGGCAGGCCGAUCACGUUCGAGAACUGGAACGUUGGCGAACCGAACAAUUUCCGAUACGAGAACGGCGAGGAGGAGCACUGCCUGGAGCUGUGGAACAGAGAUGGCAAAGGCCUCAAAUGGAACGACAGUCCUUGCAGCUUCGAGACUUUCUUUGUCUGUGAAGUGCAGUGAUCAAUUUUAUAAAACACAGGCUGAGAGAAGGACUAGCAAGCGCGAGAGUGUGUUGACACGGCGACCAAAUCAUUGACUCGCGGUGUGUCCUCGAAGAUCACCUUGAGGAAGCUGCGUGUGACGUUUCUAUCGGUCGUCCGUACGUCUCAGUGGACCUAGCCGGCAUGGCAGAGAGGUUUGACGUGACAUGUGCGCCCAGACUGAAAACGACGCGCGAUUAGCCGGUCGCUACCGUUGUCACGUUUCGCGCGCUCGGGAUUCGCGUGUGUGCGAAAACGACAUCCGCUUCACAGUCAGUUCUUUUUCUAAAAGCGUCACCCAGGCAACGGAGCGCGAGCGUCGGAUAAAUCCGCAGUGAGAGAGGAUAAAAGCGAUUCGUUCAUUUCUUGUGCAGAAACUGCUUCAGGGAAAAGUGUUUGUCGUCAAAUUAAGCCACGUUCUUGGAUUUUUUUUCAUAAUUAAAAGAGUCUUGUUUUAAGUAUAAAAAAGCAAGUUUAUAUAAUUAAACAACUUUACUUAUAUACGGAUCACAAAUUUUUUUAACGUUAGAAAUGUUUUUAUACGUUUGCAGUCCGGUAGAUAUUUUUGUGCGAAUAGAUUUUGCCGCUUCUGUCUCUCUUUUUUGUGUACGUACUCGUACGAAUAUUCCAAACUCACUGCGUAUAUCGACGCGCGAAAUCUCUCUUGCAGUCGAAGGAUUGAUCGACUAAUAAAUUGUCACAUAUAAACAUCGCCAGUUUUUUAUUUUAAAUAUUUUAUUUUAAAUAAAGUAUAUGAAGAAAUAUAUAUAGUAGAGUAUUAGUAUAUGUAUAUAUUGACAUUUUACUGUUGUAAAUUAUUCUUAUGUUUGCGUAUUGACUUGCGUUAAUAAUAUUAUACUCUCCUCUUUAAAUUGGCAUAUAAGAUACAUAUAUACAUUAGACAAUUGCUAAUCAAUCUUUCGAUUACAGAGAGUUUCUGACGCGUAUAGUGUGUGAUUAAUAUUAAUUAAUUCUCCAAUGUGAAAACAUAGUGAUUAGUACCACGUAGAAAUAGAACUUAACGCGCCGUUGUUGUCAAUUAUUCAAUUGAUUACGACUGAUAAAUAUAUAUAUAUAUAGUGCGCGAGAAAUUAUUUUUGUUUCAAAUCGCACAUAUAACAAUAAUAAUUUUUUUGCAGACAUAUUUGUAAUACUAAAUCAAAUUAGUUUAUUUAGUUAGAGAUUCAAGAAAUAAAAAUAAAUAAAUUUGCCUAUGUUACGCACAAAAAAUUGUAGUUAAUCAAGUCGAAUUGCUCUCUUCGACAUUUACUAACUACGACUUUACACAAGUGACUGCAAAAAAAUUUCACUAAAUGUUAAUUUCUUCAAGUUUAACAAAUAUUAUGCCAUUAUAGUAGCACUUAUACACAUGUAUAUACAUCUUUAAACUGUAUAUAUAUUUACGCCGCACAUGUGUACACACUAGUGACUUGCCGCGAGUAACGUUAGUAGAAAUAUGACCAAGCCAAAAGAGAUGUACUGUUUCGCGAUAUGUAGGAUGUCUGAAAAAUUUGAACAUAGUCAAAGUGUGAAGAUAGAUUGAGUGAAUUUGAAUAGAAAAAUCAUUUAUCAUUUUGCAAAAUUUGCAAUAUUUAUUGAGGUAUUAAUUAAUUAAUAUGAACCAAUGAGUGUGUGGGAAGCGAUGGGUUUCGAAUUCUGUAGGCGUGUAUAAUUUUCAAGUUUACCGCUGUGAAAAUCAGCUGAUCGCAAGAAGCUGUGUCACUUGUUUGUUGUCUUUCUAAAAAAAAGUCUUAUUUAGAGUCCUAAAUUUACAAUUUAGGACUUUCUUCGAGAUCUUAUAUGGAUAAAAAGUUGUCUUAUAAUUUUUAGAUUUGUUUGCGCUCUUCUUAAAAAUGAAAAUAGAAGUUUUAUGAUCUCUGAUAUUUGAAAUCUUUAAAUUUGAUUCUAGAGACCUAAUCUUUUAAAACAGACAAUUAAUUUCAGUGUCGAUGCUAAAACCGAGCUGCAUGUAUGUGGAUGAAUAUGGCUCAUUCGACAGUAUAACGGUCGCGAUCUGCGAUAAUUCGGUCGCGGUGACAAACAAGCAUCGUAAUAGAUUCCGCACCGACUAUAGUUGGCCGUGAUCUCACGAGAGAUCGUUUUGUUGUGUUCUACGUAUUCGCCUUGCAAAGAACAUUUUCGAGAGCGGCGUUGUACAUGGCAUUAUUUAGAACUAAAUAAUAAAAUCAAAACUCUUGUUCUUUCCUUUGUGUUCGAACGUUUUACCGUUUUUGUCUAUUAAAAUUAUAUUUAGACACUAACAAUCGGGAUUCAAUUACCUUUUAUGAUUCUUGUGUCUAUUCUCCUUAUUUGUUCAAUAAUAAAGAACGAAUAUAAAAUGAA